AUGUGUCUCGUUUUCUCAUCCGCCGAAUCUAAAGGCACAAGCAUAAUCGCAACCAUCUGCAUCAUUGUCGGCAUCAGCACUCUUUUCGUCCUCGGUCGAUUGUUUGUGAGAACCAAGAUUCUUGGAAAAGCUCAACUGGAUGACCACUUGACGGUCCUGUCACUGCUUCUCAGCUAUGUCACAGUCGGACUCGAGAUAUGGGCCGUUCAAAGUGGCAACGGUCGCCACGUCGGUACGCUUUCCACAGAACAACAGUCCGCCGCUGUCUUGUCAACGAUUUCCGGCUUCCCACCCAAUGUUCUCGCAUAUACGGUGCCCAAAUUCGCGGUGGUAGCGCUACUAGUCAGGAUACUUAACCCGGGAAGGGUCCAUCGCAUCGUCUUAUGGUCACUGGCAACAAUCUGUCUGGUGCUCGUACUGUUGUGCAUCAUCAUCCUAUUUGCCCAAUGCACACCAUCACGAGCGCAAUGGGACUUUACGAUCACGGAAAAGAGCUGCUGGAGCCCCUGGGUGCUGAUCGAUGUUGCUAUUUUGACUGGUGCAUAUUCGGCCGCACUUGAUCUGUACUUAGCAAUAUACCCCGCCACCGUUCUGAUGAGGCUUCAGAUGAAUAUCAAAAAGAAGCUUAUUCUUAGUGUUGCGCUGGGCAUUGGAUCAAUUUCCUGCUUUAUAUCGAUCUACAAGAGCACGCGGCUGCCAUCUCUCGCCAGCAAAGACUUCACCUAUGAUAGUGCGGACCUUGUAGUUUGGACAGUAGUCGAGGGUAACACUCUCAUCAUCGCUUCGUGCAUUCCUGUCCUCGGCCCCCUCGUCGAGCUGGCCUUGGGCCGUCGCGUCCUAAGCUCGACGGACCGGAAAUAUCAGAAACAGAGCGAUACAGGUGGCCUUCGAUCGGGUGGAAUCGAGAUGGACGGCUCUAGACCCAUGAACCGGAAUGGACAUGUCCUCGGCAAGACCUCAACUGUCAUUCAGUCACGGCAUGACCGAGACGACGCUAGUAGCCAGGAAAGUAUUCUCGUUGGGACCGCUGAGUCGGCUCACAGACCACGCGGCAUUAUGAGAACGGACGAUGUUACGGUAUCAUUCGACUCCCGAAGCGUAGCGGAGGGGAGAAAAGAAGGAAGGUGA